ACGCUCGAGCUCCGGUGGGCGUGGCUCGGCUCACCUGUGUGACGUAAUGAGAUACAGAGGAGGCGAAGGCGCAGGAAUUCGCUGAAGUUCUCUGCUAAAAAUAUAACAUGUUCAGGAUCCGUGCAGGGAGAUCUCCAAAAUCACUGUGCGUGUGUGAUCUUAGCCGGGUUAGCGCUGCGGUCUGCUGGUGACCCCAACCUGAUGUUCCUCGAGUGACGACUGCUUUCCUCCAGCCGAACAGGAAUCCCAGUGAAGGCGGCAUGUCUCACAGAAAACCCCGUGGCUCCGGGGGUGACCAGUCUCUCCUUCUUCCGGAGAGCCGCUUCAGCUCAGUCCUUCAGCUGGACCAGCCGUCUGGACGUUCGUCCUCGAGCAUCGACCUGUCCCGAGUGGACUCCCCGGAGGAUGAGCGGAGAGUUGUAGUGCUCAGCACCCAGAGCGAAGCAGCUCGCAGGCUGGGCGCUCAGCAGCUCAUCCCUAAGAACCUGGCUGUCAGCAGCCGGCCACGAAACCGCCACCACACCACCGUGGUGACCCUGCCCCCAGACCUCUGCUGGGAGGACUAUGAUAGUGAUGCGGGCGAUGGCUUUUCCAUGAGGAGAAAUCACAGGAAUAAAUCGUACCGUGCUGCCGUCACUAGUCUGAAUCUCGAUGCUUUUCCAAGCGAGCUCCAAACAGAAGUGCUGUCACCAGUCAGCGAAAAGAAGGCGGUCACCCAAAAGCAAGCCCAGAAAUCUGGACGCAAGAAAACAUUGGGGAGGAUCAGGAACAGAAAGGAAGCUGGCUCAUUUAAAGAUGAGCCGCGGUUUUAUCAGGAGAUCAAGGAGCGGGGUCUGAACGCCAGCAGCCUGAACACAGAGGAGGAUGAGUUCUCUGCGAGCGAGCCAGCGGACGAGGAUCAGGGCAUCGUGGUGAAGAACUACAGAGCAGCGUACAUGACCUGGAGCCAGCUACCGAAGGUUAAGGAUUUGGGCGUUUUAGAUCACAUCUCCCCCGAAGAACGCAAAAGACAAGAAGCCAUCUUUGAAAUCCUGACGUCAGAAUAUUCCUACCUGCACAGUUUAAGCAUCCUGGUGGCUCAUUUUAAGGACAGUGCAGAUUUGAAGAAGACCAUGACAGCAACCGAGCACCAUCACCUGUUCUCCAACAUCUCUGUCAUCCAGGACGUCAGCAAACGGUUCUUUGAGGAUCUGGACAUGCGUCACCAAGUACACCCUGUGAUCCGGGACAUCAGUGAUAUAGUGAAUAAAUACGCGACUCAACAUUUCGAGCCAUACAUUGUGUACUGCUCCAAUGAGACCUUCCAGCAGAGAACGCUCCAGAAACUCCUGUCAAGUAACAGUGCGUUUCGAGACACUCUGAAGGAGAUUGAAGGCAGUGAAGCGUGCGGAGGUUUGCCCAUGAUCUCCUUCCUCAUCUUACCCAUGCAGAGAAUCACUCGUCUGCCUCUUCUGUUGGACACCAUCUGUCAGAAGACCCCUAAAGAGAGCGCCGAGUACUUCGCUGCCUGUUGGGCUUUCAAAGCUAUCAGUAAGCUGGUGAAGCAGUGUAAUGAUGGAGCGCGGAGGAUGGAGCGGACGGAGCAGAUGUACACCAUCCAGAAACAGAUGGAGUUCGGCAAAAUCAAGCCUUUCCCAUUAGUGUCGUCAUCGCGCUGGCUGAAGAAGAGCGGUGAGCUGGCGUUGUACACCGAUGAUCUCAGCAUCUUCAGGAAGGCUUUCGUCUUUAAGAGCUACUAUCUGUUCCUCUUCAAUGAUGUGCUCAUCGUCACCAAGAAAAAGAGUGAGGAGAGCUAUGUGGUGUUGGACUAUGCCACUGUGGACAAGGUGGAGGUGGAGGAGGAAAUGACGGACUCCAAACUCAAUCUGAAGCUGCUGAUGAAUCGCAACAGCUCCGGCCGCAGUGAACUCGUGACACUCGUGGCCGAAAGCAAGCUGAACAGAGCUCGAUGGGUCACCGCACUACAGGAUGUCAAAAAAACCAAGAGCAUCGCUAAUGAUGACUUGCGUCAGUAUGAAGCGACCAAAGCCUACAUGCCCAAAACACCAGAUGAGCUGAGCCUGCAGCAGGCCGAACUGGUCAUCGUUUCACAGGAAGUGGAAGGCUGGUGUCAUGGAGAGCGGAUGAGAGAUGGAGAGAGGGGCUGGUUUCCUGCCAGCUGUGCCACUCAGAUCACGAACCGCACCGCCAUGGAGAACAACAUCCAGCGUAUGGAGCGACUGCGCAAGGAGACGGACGUCUGAGCACACUGUACUUCCUCCAGACCUCGGGAACUGUUAGCUCACAGAAAACACCACUCACACACACAAGAGGAACUGUUUCUGGUUUUUAUUUCAGCUUGCCUUUGUUAAAAUUCAUGUUUGGAUACAUAAAAAGUUAUUUAAAAAUGUCAAA